AUGUCUGAGAAACAACAGCAACCUCAUCAUCACACCGAACACCAUCACCACAACAACAACAUUACACCUACCUCCAAGAACAACAAGGCCUCUAAGUCGAAACUACAUCAAUACAAUACCAUCUUUAGAUGCUUCUUAUUCAUGACUAUCUUGUUAUCAUUAGCCUACUUUUACUUUACACCUUUAUCUUCACCAUCAUCGUGUCUACAAUCAUUAAUACCUAAUAAAAGCAACAAAUCAUUUGAUAACCAUCCAACAACUGUCAAUUCAGUUGCAAUUACUACAGAUGCUACAUCAACUACAACUACUUUUACAUCAAUAGACAAUAGUGACAACCUUGAGCAAACUUUGGGGUUCCAUAGGAAAAGAGCUCAACAAGAGAAGCAAAAGAGGCAAAAGAGGCAAAAGCAUCAUAAACAGGAAAAGAGAGCUGAUAAUUCAACUAGUGAUGGACUAACAUCUUCCACGUCGAAUGGUGGUACAUUUGGUAGUUCCACUAGUGGUUUUAGUACUGGAUUUGGCCAAUCUUCAUUCUUGUUUCCUUCUUCAUCAAGUUCAUCAUCAUUUAGUAGCUCAUCAAGCUCAUGGUCUUCAUCAUCAUCAUCAUCUACUUCAUUUGGAGACCAAUUUUCUUCCUCCUCCUCCUCAUCAUCAUCGUGGAGCUCAUCUUCAUCAUCGUCUGCCAAUUUUGAUGCGUCAUCAUCUGAAACACUGAGUGACAGUUCUACCUCAUCAUCGUCUACUUCCUCAUCAUCGUCUUCAUUUGCUUCAGAGACUGGUGAGUCUAGCUCAACGAGCUCUACUUCAUCGUCAUCAUCUACAACUGAAGCACCUGAAACUACAUCUGAAACUACCGACUCAUCAUCAACAACAUCUUCCUCAUCUUCAGUAGAAGAUGAUGACACCACCUCAUCAUCGAGUGAAUCAUCAGGAACUUCGCGUCAUGUAACAACAUUGAGCUCAGUCGAAAAUGGUAAAACAGUAGUUGUCACCCAAACUUCAUUGGUUUCUUCACAAGCUACAGAAACAUCCAAUUCCAAUAAUCGUGAUUCAAAUGACAAUGGUGGGGGAUUAUCGCAAACCAAUAGAAUUGUUGUUGGUGUUGUUGUUGGUGUAGGUGGGUCCAUCUUGAUUGGUAUUAUUGCCGUACUAUUCUACCUCAAGAGAAGAAAUAAACGUGAUCCAGAAGCUGGCUGGACAUUUUGGAGGAAAAAUGAGAAAUUGGGCAGUGAUGAGUUUUUCAAUGGUGAAUUGGGUGUUAGAGAUAGGAAUAUCAAUCAAGGCUCAAACUUUUAA